AUGAGGAUUGAUUUACUUUGGUUGGAGCUCGUGUAUGCUUGUGACAUGCUAGGUAGUGCGCUCUUGUCCUCCUUCUCGCAUGUUGGUUCCUACUUGACCUACUUAGGACCUCUCAAACUGCUUGUCGGUGAGUUCAUCCAUCCUUCACUCUUCAUUAAUGAAUCAAAGGUCAAGGUCUCGAACCAAGUCAAUUUGCCUGAGGAGCUAUCCAACCAAAAGAUUUUGGUCUUCGACUCUCUAGAGAGAAUUGUGUGGAGCCCAAUUGCAUGCAGGCUAGGGUUUCGUUGGAGGUGCGCCCAGGAGCUACAAACAUCAAGUGUGGUGGCAAAGGAGGAAACAUAUGUAGUUGCUCCAAUAUCGGGCCAUACUUGGAGGCAACGCCAAGAUGGUCGUGAGCAACGGCUUCAGGACGAACCGCGACACAAUCAUGGUGGCCACGUGGUAGAGUCGCAUAGUGAGCUAGAGCAGUGCUCUCAACCACGGGGCCAAAAGGGGGAGCAGCAACUUACGAAGGAACUGCGAUGGGGCCAAGGUUGCAGGAUGUGGAGUCGUGGCUUCGACGCCGGAGUACAACAGCUAAUUCAAUGUUGUGUUGUCAUGUUGGCUUGGACCCGUUGCUAA